AUGCCCUGUCGCAGAAUGCUGACCUCUGGCAAGACGGGAACGCCGGCUCGGCUUGUGUUGGGCAAGACGAGAGCGCCGAGUCGGCUUCGAUCGGGCAAGACGAGAGCGCCGGUUCACCUAGGGUCGGGGAAGUCGGGAGCGCCGGCACAGCUUGGGUCGGGCAAGACGGGAACGCCGGCUCGGCUUGUGUCGGCUUGUGCUGGGCAUCAGUCGGGCAAGACGGGAGCGCCGGCUCACUUAGGGUCGGGCAAGACGGGUGCGCCGGAACAGCUUGGGUCGGGCAAGACGGUAGCGCCGGCUGGGCAUCAGUCGGGCAAGACGGGAGCGCCGGCACAGCUUGGGUCGGGCAAGACGGGAACGCCGGCUCGGCUUGUGUCGGGCAAGACGGGAGCGCCGGCUGGGCAUCAGUCGGGCAAAACGGGAGCGCUGGCACAGCUUGGGUCGGGCAAGACGGUAGCGCCGGCUCACUUAGGGUCGGGCAAGACGGGUGCGCCGGCACAGCUUGGGUCGGGAAAGACGGUAGCGCCGGCUGGGCAUCAGUCGGGCAAGACGGUAGCGCCGGCUCGGCUUGUGUCGGGCAAGACGGGAGCGCCGGCUGGGCAUCAGUCGGGCAAGACGGGAGCGCUGGGCAAGACGGGAACGCCGGCUCGGCUUGUGUUGGGCAAGACGAGAGCGCCGAGUCGGCUUCGAUCGGGCAAGACGAGAGCGCCGGCUCACCUAGGGUCGGGGAAGUCGGGAGCGCCGGCACAGCUUGGGUCGGGCAAGACGGGAACGCCGGCUCGGCUUGUGUCGGCUUGUGCUGGGCAUCAGUCGGGCAAGACGGGAGCGCCGGCUCACUUAGGGUCGGGCAAGACGGGUGCGCCGGAACAGCUUGGGUCGGGCAAGACGGUAGCGCCGGCUCGGCUUGUGUCGGGCAAGACGGGAGCGCCGGAACAGCUUGGGUCGGGCAAGACGGGAACGCCGGCUCGGCUUGUGUCGGGCAAGACGGGAGCGCCGGCUGGGCAUCAGUCGGGCAAAACGGGAGCGCUGGCACAGCUUGGGUCGGGCAAGACGGUAGCGCCGGCUCACUUAGGGUCGGGCAAGACGGGUGCGCCGGCACAGCUUGGGUCGGGCAAGACGGUAGCGCCGGCUCGUCUUGUGUCGGGCAAGACGAGAUCGCCGGGUCGGCUUGGAUCGGGCAAGACGAGAGCGCCGGCUCGGCUUGUGUCGGGCAAGACGGGAACGCCGGCUCGGCUUGUGUCGGGCAAGACGGGAGCGCCGGCUGGGCAUCAGUCGGGCAAGACGGGAGCGCCGGCACAGCUUGGGUCGGGCAAGACGGGAACGCCGGGUCGGCUUGGAUUGGGCAAGACGGGAGCGCCGGCUGGGCAUCAGUCGGGCAAGACGGGAGCGCUGCUUGGGUCGGGCAAGACGGGAGCGCCGGCUCAGCCUGUGUCGGGCAAGACGGGAGCGCCGGGUCGGCUUGGAUCGGGCAAGACGAGAGCGCCGGCUCGGCUUGUGUCGGGCAAGACGGGAACGCCGGCUCGGCUUGUGUCGGGCAAGACGGGAGCGCCGGCUGGGCAUCAGUCGGGCAAGACGGGAGCGCCGGGUCGGCUUGGGUCGGGCAAGUCGGGAGCGCCGGCUCAUCUAGGGCUGACAAGACUUGGAUCGGGCAAGACGAGAGCGCCAGCUCGGCUUGUGUCGGGCAAGACGGGAACGCCGGCUCGGCUUGUGUCGGGCAAGACGGGAGCGCCGGCUGGGCAUCAGUCGGGCAAGAUCGGGCUCGGCUUCUGUCGGGCAAGACGGGAACGCCGGCUCGGCUUGUGUCGGGCAAGACGAGAGCGCCGGCUCGGCUUGUGUCGGGCAAGACGGGAACGCCGGCUCGGCUUGUGUCGGGCAAGACGGGAGCGCCGGCUGGGCAUCAGUCGGGCAAGACGGGAGCGCCGGGUCGGCUUGUGUCGGGCAAGUCGGGAGCGCCGGCUCACCUAG